AGAUAGCGAUAGUAACGCCUCAAACUGCAUUUGAAUUACAAAUGGCUGUGGAUGCUGUUCAAAAUGUGGAAAAUUAUAUUCGGGAUAUAGCUAAAGACAGGAAAUGCCGAUUUAGUGAAAACUUCUUAGAUUUUGACAAUUUACGCUCUGGUCGUGUCACAGCAAGCCAAUUUUUCAGAAUCCUACGGAAUCUCAUUGGUGUCCCGCUUGAAAAACCUCAAGAAGAUUUAAUUCUUAGAAAAUAUGGAAUUAAUGGAAACAAAGAUAUAAACUGGAGGGAGUUUGUUCGCGCAGUGGAGGGGAAAUUUGAUGAAAACGAUUUCUCGUUACCACCAGAGUUGAAGGUCCUUCAUACAAUAGAAUCACCAAACGUAGGCACGAAGUCGUAUCAUCAGUUACCAGGAGAUGAGAACUUUGAUUAUAUACGACCGUUAUUAUCAAGAAUUAAUCAAUUUAUUGAACAGCAGGGCUACAUAAUACGGGAGUGUUACAGACAGUAUGAUACUCACAACAUGGGGAUAGUAACAGAAAGCCAGGUCUGUGGACGCAUACCGUAUUAUGAAGUAAUUUACAGUUUUUCAGGGGAUUUCCAGGACCAAAAGAUAUUAGUGAUGAGGAAAUUAUGGCGCUUGUUCAGCGUUACAGAUCACUAACUAGCCCCGGAUUUGUGGAUUAUAUGGCUUUUGAAAGAGACCUCAGAAUGGUUAACUCCAACGAGAAGCUUUCAAUGGAGGGUAUACCACCCACGAAAGAAAAAGAAACCGCGUAUAUCUAUCGAAAGGAAGAAUUGUAUAAUCCAUCGAUGAGUAUGAUUGUUGACCGGAUAAAGUUUGCUGUACACAACCGCGGUAUACGCGUAAUGGAAUUUUUUGUCGACUAUGAUAAACUUAGACACAAUGAAGUGACAGAGCACCAGUUUAUUUGCGCAUUACUAUCCGCCGUUGGCAAAGAAGCUCAACUAAGUCGUGGGGAGGUUCAGAUGCUUGCAAAUUACUAUCGGUCGAAAAGAGACCCGCAAAUGAUUAACUAUCGUGAAUUCUGUAGAGAAAUUGAUUCACCUUUCCAUACACUUGACUUAGAAAAAGAUCCAUUAAAGCGAAUAAGUAUGCCGCCGACGGGUGCACUUUCAAAGGCUUUGUGUGUGCUAAGUCCUGAAGAAGAAGAUCGUGUAUCCAAGCUACUUGAAGAAAUGAAGAGCAAAGUUCGCGAGAAACGUAUUCUGACAUAUCCAUAUUUUCGAGAUUAUGAUUUUGCAACGGGCUUUUCACGAAGUAUCACCUGUACACAGUUUGAAAGAGUUUUACACUUUCUUGGUUUGGAUGUGGGUAAAGAAGACUGUCGAAGAUUAUGUCGAAAAUUCGCUGAUGUAAACAAGACAGGUGUGAAUUAUAGUGCAUUCUGUCAGACAGUGGAUGAGUGGUAUACAGCUGCAGCUCCUGUAGACAUGAAUGCCGAUAAUCCAGGUGAUGUUAAUUUCGAAAAUUCGAAUUCCGAUGAAACGAAAAACAUUCCUAAGAUAGGUGACACACGUUGUGGUAAAAAUGCAGUACGCCGAGAUUGGUACUCGACAGUAAUACCAGUGAUUAAGUCAGCCGGUGAUAAAUGGCCAGUUGAAGUUUUACUGGAUCGUAUUCGACACUUGGUCUUGACAAAUCGCAUACAACUUAAGCCAUGGUUUCAUGAUUUUGAUCAGUUACGCACUGGUUAUGUAACACGGUCACAGUUUGAACGUUGUUUAACAGCUGCAGGGUUAACACGUAUUGGUCUGCAUGACCUUACUCCAGCUCAAGUGGACGUUUUAACCAAUCACUAUGUAUCGUCGUCUGAUCCGAAUAUGGUGAACUGGAUGAAUUUUGUCAAUGAUGUAGACACAGUCUUUACUAUACCAGAGUUAGAAAAACAACCAUUGACACGUGUAUUACCACAGGAAACGUUUAUUCAGCCGAAACCCGGUACAGCUGAUUGGUCAACUGCUACUGACGAGAUGAUAAAGAAUUAUGAAAGUGGUAUGGCGGCUAUAAGACGAAAAGCUAAUGAACGACGCAUGCUACUGCUACCGGAUUUCGCUGCUUUUGAUCCAAUACAUCGUGGUCUAGUGACAACAAAUAAUUUCCGUCAGCUAGUCAGCAUGUUUGGAUUUUCCUUAUCCCCUGGAGAAAUCGAUGCAAUCAUUGCACGCUAUGCAAACGAUGAUGGCUUCAAUUAUUUAAGCUUUUUGAAUCAUCUGUGCCCACCAACUGAAGAAGACAAUGAGUACAAAUAUCCAAAGCGUUUAGAACGCUUACAGAAAACAAAUAUGCUGGGUAAAAUCCGAGUGGAAAUGGAACCAGUACUGAGGGAUGCUGAAGGUGUUAUGGAUAAGCUUAAAGCAGAAGUAUAUCGUAGACGUCUUAGACUUUCUGACUGGUUCCGUGAUCAUGACAAACUGAAUCAUGGAUAUCUACCAAGAAUAACUUUCCGACGAUGUCUUGGCGUUCUAAAUUUACAAAUCGGAGAAACAAAUUUAAGUGUUCUCGAAGACAGAUAUAAAGGUCCGCUGCCUGAGACAAUAGAUUGGAGGGCGUUUGUUGCCGAUAUUGAGACUAUAUUCCAGACACCGAAUUUAGAAAAAGAUCCUUUAAUAGAACCUGGUGUAUACAGGCCGGAUUCACCAGUGGCUCAGAAUUAUUUAACAGCUGAAUUAGCUAAAACCGCUGCUGAAGCAAUUGUUAAGAUUCAAGCCAGGGUGAGAGAACGUAGAUUACAGCUUGCCACAUUGUUCGGUGAUUUUGAUCAAACGCAUCGUAUGACGGUCAGUCAGAGUCAAUUUCGUCGUGUACUAAUGACACUGGGUCUUGGUGACCUGCUAACAGAAAGAGAAUGGACUGCACUUUACUGCAAAUAUCGUCAUCAGUUAGGCGUAACUGACAAUAUCAAUUAUCUGGCCUUUGCUGAUGAUGUCUACAGAGGCGCUGGUAUCGAACCACGCAUACCAUAGUUGUAUCAUGCAACCAUAAAUUAUGGUACGAAGUAUCAGUAUAGGUGCGUCAUGUCAAGGAAAAAACCAGUUGUUGUCUUUUUAAAGAGAAGCAAGGCCGUUUUUAUCACCAGUAUCCUUAUUUGUAGUAAAAAACAAAAACAAAAAGUGCUCAGUGAUUGUAUCUCUUGACAGAACAGUACAAUGAUGCAAUGAGCAUAACAUACUAGAAAUAAAGAAGUAUUUCUGUUACACAGUCUUUUCUUUUUCAAUCAAUUACGAUAAAAAU